AAAUCUAAAUCCAAAAAGAAGAGUUGCAGAGAGAGAGAGAUCCUUGGGCCUUAUAUUAAUAUGGUUCUUCGUCUGUUGUUCUUAUGUUGUCUAUAUGUUGUGAUCCUCUUCUCUACGCAUUGUGAAUUAGGGUGUUGCAAUGAUGAUAAUCUGAUGAAUAUGAAUGAAGGGAAUAUUCCGAUAUUUUUAGAGCCGGGGCCAUUAAUAUUACCCAACAUGGAGCCAAUGACCGGUGGGGCACCAAAGCCCGGUGCUGUGGAGGCAAAGACUGGUGGAAUUCAUGAAGUUAAGGGGUUUCAGAACAGUGUUGAGACUGAUGAACUUGCCCGUUUCGCAAUUGAUGAAUACAAUAAGAAACAAAAUAAGGUUGUUGAGUUUGGUAGGGUGGUGAAUGUGAAAGAACAAGUGGUAACUGGUACCAUUUACUAUCUUACUUUAGAGGUGGUUGAGGGAGGUAAGAAGACGAUCUACGAAGCCAAAGUUUGGGUGAAGCCAUGGAUGAACUUCAAGGAGUUGCAAGAGUUCAAGCCAUCAAUUUAGUUCUUGGUAUCAGUAUUGGUAUUGGUAUCGAUAUCAAUUUCUGCCAAUACCAAUACAAUAAGAGCAAUACGAUAUCGAUACUUGAAACCAUGGUUCAAGCCCCUUGGUGGUUCUUAGAAUAAAGAGUUGGAUAGUAUUACAAGAAUGCUUCGAUUUACUAUCCCAUACAAUAAGCUAUGAUGGUAUUUCUGUAAAUAUUGUGUAAUUUCAUAGGCCAUUAUAACAUUUUUCGUAAUUAAUAAGUGCCGUUCUCAAA